AAAAGGGGUGAAAAAAAAAACAGAGAAUAGGGAAAGCCCUUUGGUAUCUCAUCACAGUCACAGCAUAUCGAACAGACAGCCGAAAGAUUACGAAGAGAGAAGAGAUCGAAAAAAUGAGCGGAACAGUGAAGAAGAUCGCCGAUGUGACCUUCAAGGCCGGCCGGACUAUUGAUUGGGAAGGAAUGGCGAAGCUUCUUGUCACCGAUGAAGCUCGCAAGGAGUUUUCUAACCUACGUCGUGCCUUCGAUGAUGUCAACUCCCAACUUCAAACCAAGUUCAGCCAGGAGCCUGAGCCCAUAAACUGGGAAUAUUACAGGAAAGGAAUUGGUUCUCGCUUGGUAGACAUGUACAAAGAAGCCUAUGAAAGCAUUCAGAUCCCCAAGUUUGAGGACACAGUUACUCCUCAAUACAAACCCAAAUUUGAUGCGUUGUUGGUGGAACUGAAAGAAGCUGAGAAGCAGUCUCUCAAGGAAUCUGAAAGAUUAGAGAAGGAAGUUGCUGAAGUGCAAGAGUUGAAGAAAAAACUCAGUACCAUGACAGCAGAAGAAUACUUUGCAAAGCAUCCCGAGUUAAAGAAGAAAUUUGAUGAUGAAAUUCGAAAUGAUUACUGGGGCUACUAAAUUGGCUUCAUGAGCAGUUUUCUGGAUCCUCCUGUGGGGUUGGAUUCUCUGAGUUCAUCUGUUAUUUAGGAAUAAAAGGAAAGAACCAAUUGGUUUGUUGGUGGGGGUAUUUUAAAGAAUGUGAACUGCUACAAUGUGCUUUUUCUCUGAUAAGUUUAUCAUUGAAAUUACUGAGGAAAUCUUGAAUUCCUUGAUACUGGAAUGCUCACCAUUCAGUGUGAAUUAUCUGUCUUUUUUUCUCACCAAACUGUUAUUACUCAUAUAUGCAAAGAAGAGUUGCAUUUCUAUUUCUCAA